CUUGCCCCGAGAGACCCCCAGGCUCCCGGCCAGUUUGGUCACCCCGUGGCAGUCCCUGAUGAUAAGCAAGAAGAAGCAAAAAGCAGAUGGAAAGAAGGAAACUUUAAUGUCUACCUCAGCGAUCUGAUCCCCGUAGACCGAGCCAUAGCGGACACCAGGCCUGCCGGGUGCUCCGAGCAGCGGGUUCACGAUGACCUCCCGACCACCACCAUCAUCAUGUGCUUUGUGGAUGAAGUGUGGUCCACCCUCCUCCGCUCCGUUCACAGCGUCCUCGGCAGAUCCCCUCCGCACCUGAUUGAAGAAGUCAUUUUGGUGGACGACUUCAGCACUAAAGAGUACCUCAAGGAGGAGCUGGACAAAUACAUGGCGCGGUUCCCAAAAGUGAAGAUCCUCCGUCUCAAGGAGAGGCACGGUCUAAUACGAGCCAGACUGGCGGGAGCAGAGAUUGCCAAAGGCGCCGUCCUGACGUUCCUGGACUCGCACGUGGAGUGCAACGUGGGGUGGCUGGAGCCGCUGCUGGAGAGGGUCCGCCAGAGCCGGGCCAAGGUCGCCUGCCCCGUCAUCGAGGUCAUCAGCGACAAGGACAUGAGUUACAUGACCGUGGACAACUUUCAGCGUGGGAUUUUCACGUGGCCAAUGAAUUUUGGAUGGAGGCAGAUUCCACAAGAGGUCAUCGAGAAAAAUAAAAUCAAAGAAACUGAUAUAAUAAGGUGCCCGGUCAUGGCGGGGGGCCUGUUUUCCAUCGAUAAGAAGUAUUUUUUUGAGCUGGGAAUGUACGACCCAGGACUGGAUGUGUGGGGAGGGGAAAAUAUGGAGAUUUAAUUCAAGGUCUGGAUGUGCGGGGGAGAGAUUGAGAUUGUUCCUUGCUCCAGAGUUGGGCACAUCUUCCGGAACGACAAUCCUUAUUCCUUCCCAAAAGAUCGGGUGAGAACAGUGGAGAGGAACUUGGCCCGCGUUGCGGAGGUCUGGCUGGACGAGUACAAGGAGUUAUUCUACGGCCACGCUUACCACUUAAUCUCGAAAAACCUGGAUGUCGGCGACCUGACUCGACAAAUCCAGCUGCGACAGAAGCUUCAGUGCAAGAGCUUCAGGUGGUACCUGGAGAACGUCUACCCAGACCUGGACGCUCCUCUGGUUAGAGCCAGCGGGCUGAUUGUUAACGUAGCCCUGGCAAGGUGCAUCACUGUGGAAAACGCUACUCUGGCUUUUGAGGCGUGCGAUGUUAACAACAAGGCAGACCACAUCGUCUCGGAGCACCUCCAGCAGCCGGCGUGCUUGGAAGUGGAUCCCGCUCCCAAAGCCCUGCGGGUGAGCGCCUGUGACUCCACAAAUCCUUAUCAGAAGUGGCAGUUUGGCAAUUACUAUGCGGACUGA